AUGAAUUCCGUCGAUGCCUCCGAGCAUUAUGAGCUCGGCGCGACAGAUCUCGCACCCUCUCUUCUCACUGUCAUCCUCGAUACGAACCCGCACGCCUGGGCAGCACUUGAAGACUCCCUCCCACUUUCAAAGGCCGUCGCGAACCUGCUCGUUUUCAUCAACGCCCAUCUCGCCUGUAAUUACGCAAAUGAAGUCGCCGUGGUCGCUUCCCAUACUACAACAGCAAUUUGGCUGUACCCCGUUCAUAAUGAUACCACCUCGCAACAACCCGCAGAUACAGACGGGGACGUCUCCAUGAACGGGACGGGCGGAGCUGCUCCACAAACCAACAAAUACCGUCCAUUCCGCAUGGUGGAGGAGCAAGUCACGAGGAAACUGAAAGAACUCAUGGAUUCGACAAGCAGCGAUGACCUCCGCGGGAACACUUCAACCAUGCUCGCCGGUGCUCUGACACUAGCACUGAGCAAUAUCAACCGGCGCACCAUCGCCUGGGCCGAGGAACACGGCGGUGCAGAUCUGGAAGACGCGGCCGGAGAUGGCGGCGGUGGAGGCGCAGGGGCCACAGCAGCAGGAACCGGACCCGGCCGGUACUCCGCCUCAAACGACGACGAGCGCCUCCAGAGUCGGAUUCUGAUCGUCUCGGUUAGCGGGUCCAGCGACUCGGCGCACCAGUAUAUCCCCGUGAUGAACAGUAUAUUCGCCUGCCAACGCUUACACAUCCCCAUCGACGUGUGCAAGCUCAGCGGCGAUGCGGUCUUCCUGCAGCAGGCCUGCGACGCUACCAAGGGCGUGUAUAUGGCCCUCUCCGAGCCGCGCGGGCUGCUGCAGUAUCUGAUGAUGGCGUUUUUGCCAGAUCAGCGCUCGCGCAGACACUUGGUUCUUCCGACACGGGUGGAUGUGGAUUUCCGCGCGGCCUGCUUCUGUCACCGGCGUGUGGUGGAUAUUGGUUACGUCUGCUCCAUCUGUCUCAGUAUUUUCUGCGAGCCGCCUCCAGGGAACGAGUGUUUGACGUGCGGCACUCCCCUGGACGUGGGUGACUUUGGCUCCAAGCCGGCUCUUAUCCCGAGAAAGAAGAAAAAGAAGAAGAGAGCGAACGGGACUUCGACGGUUGGGACACCAAUGUCAACAGGGACGCCAACUCCUGGUCCUGGAUGA